AUGUCAGGUCGUGGUAAAGGUGGAAAGGGUUUGGGAAAGGGAGGAGCAAAACGACACCGUAAGGUUCUCCGCGAUAACAUUCAAGGUAUUACAAAGCCGACGAUUCGUCGUCUUGCUCGCAGAGGAGGAGUGAAGCGUAUCAGUGGUCUGAUCUAUGAAGAAACACGCGGUGUUCUCAAGAUCUUCUUGGAGAAUGUGAUUCGUGAUGCUGUUACUUACACAGAGCAUGCUAGGAGAAAGACUGUUACUGCUAUGGAUGUUGUUUAUGCUCUUAAGAGACAGGGAAGGACUCUUUAUGGAUUUGGGGGUUAG